UAAUUAACGGAGGGGGUGCCGCGGCGGCGGUGGCAGCGGGCGGGGACUAGGUCAGGGUCUCGGGCCGGCGGGAGGAGGAGGAGGAGCAGCAGCGGGGGAAGCGGAGCUGGCCGCCGCCGCGGCCCCUGGAGGGGCGGCUGUUGACUUCCUCCCGCCCGCUCCCUCGCCCCUUCCAGCCGGCUGCCGCCCCCCGCCGCGGGGCGCGAUGGCAGUUGGCGGCUGAAGGAGCCCCAGCGCCCCCCCCUGGACGAGAUGCGAUGUUUGAGAGCUGGCUCCAGAGGCUUCAGUGCCAGUAGUGGGUGAUGAACCCGAACCUGCCGGGAGAGAGAGAACUGACUCGGGAAAGCUAAUGUUAAAGUAAUGGAUUCCAAAGAAUUGCUCAACUCGUCAGAUCAAGACGAAACAAGGAAAAAUGCGCUCAUUAGUACCAAAGGAGGGAUCGUGAUGGACUUUCAUCCACCCUUCAGGGGUGGAGCUACUCUACAAGCCCCUGUGUCUACAUCUCCUCUCCCCGCGUCUUCUCAGUCAGAUUCCAAUCAGCAACCUGCUUUGGCUGACUUUUCGAAAGGAUUAGUAAACAAUGUGCCUCAGCCGGACCUUUCCAAGGCGGUAUCGCUCUCGAUGGGACUGUACAUGGGUGAAACAGACACAAAAGUGAUGGGAAACGACCUUGGAUUUUCGCAGCAGGGCCAAAUCGGCAUUUCUUCUGGAGAAACGGACUUCAGGCUCCUGGAAGAAAGUAUUGCGAGCUUGAACAAGUCCUCGAGCCUGGCCGAGGACGCAAAGGGAGCAAUAUCUUCUGAGGUGCCACUUGAGCCGGAUUUCCCAGGCAUGGCUGGCCGCAACGUCCCUUUAGAGUCAGGAACUGCAGUCCAAAGCCAGGUUGGCUCGAAUGGUGGCAACUUGAAGUUAUUCUCUGAAGACCAAAGCACCCUGGAUAUCCUCCAGGAUUUAGAAUUGCCGCCGGUAUCGCCUGGCAAGGAGCCCAAUGGGAGCCCGUGGAGGCUUGACCCGUUGCUAGAUGAUGGUGGCUUGCUGUCCCCUAUAUCUGCAGAUGAUACAUUUCUCUUGGAAGGAAAUCUCAGUGAAGACUGCAAGCCUCCUAUUUUAUCUGACACUAAACCUAAAAUUAAUGACCGUGGUGACCUUUUACCCAGUUCCAAAAUGCCAAUGCCUCAAGUGAAAACAGAAAAGGAAGACUUCAUUGAACUCUGUACUCCUGGCAUAAAGCAAGAAAACAUGGGCCCAAUUUAUUGUCAGGCGAACUUCUCUGGGUCUAAUCUGCUGGGUACUAAAGUCUCUGCCAUAUCUAUCCAUGGUGUCAGUACCUCUGGGGGACAAAUGUAUCACUAUGAUUUAAAUACUGCAUCGCUCUCUCAGCAGCAGGAUCAGAAACCAAUUUUUAAUAUCAUUCCAUCUCUUCCUGCCGGUUCAGAAAAUUGGAAUAGGUGCCAGGGAUCAGGGGAUGAGACGUUAGCUACUUUGGGAACGCUCAACCUUUCUGGCAGACCUGCUUUCUCUAAUGGCUAUUCAAGCCCUGGAAUGAGAUCAGAUGUAAGCUCUUCUCCAUCCACGACCUCAGCGACUACGGGACCACCUCCCAAGCUUUGUCUUGUGUGCUCUGAUGAGGCGUCAGGGUGUCAUUACGGUGUUCUUACGUGUGGCAGCUGCAAAGUCUUCUUCAAAAGAGCCGUGGAAGGGCAACACAACUAUCUGUGCGCUGGGAGAAAUGAUUGCAUUAUUGACAAAAUUCGGAGGAAAAACUGUCCAGCAUGCCGCUACCGGAAAUGUCUUCAAGCCGGCAUGAACCUCGAAGCUCGAAAAACAAAGAAGAAGAUAAAAGGAAUCCAGCAGACUAACGUAACGGGAACGCGGGAUGUUUCUGAAACGCCUGGAAACAAGAGCAUCGUCCCGGCGUCCCUGCCGCAGCUGACCCCAACCCUGGUUUCCCUGCUGGAAGUGAUCGAGCCGGAGGUGCUGUACUCGGGCUACGACAGCACGCUGCCCGACUCCAGCUGGCGGAUACUGUCCACCCUCAACAUGUUGGGAGGACGGCAAGUAGUAGCUGCAGUAAAGUGGGCAAAGGCAAUACCAGGUUUCCGAAAUUUACAUCUGGAUGACCAAAUGACCCUUCUGCAGUACUCAUGGAUGUUCCUAAUGGCUUUUGCCUUAGGAUGGAGAUCGUAUAAACAAUCAAAUGGAAAUCUCCUGUGCUUUGCACCAGAUCUGAUCAUUAACGAGCAGAGAAUGAAUCUACCGUGUAUGUACGAACAAUGCAAACAUAUGCUUAUGGUUGCCCGAGAGCUAUCACGGCUUCAAGUCUCAUACGAAGAGUAUCUCUGCAUGAAAACGUUGCUUCUCCUCUCUACAAUUCCUAAGGAAGGCCUGAAGAGUCAAUCUUUGUUUGAAGAAAUUCGUAUGACAUACAUUAAAGAGCUGGGAAAGGCCAUAGUGAAAAGAGAAGGGAACUCGAGCCAGAACUGGCAGCGGUUUUAUCAACUGACUAAGCUGUUGGACUCUAUGCAUGAUGUGGUUGAAAAUCUUCUGAGCUUUUGCUUCCAGACAUUUUUGGAUAAAUCCAUGAGUAUUGAGUUCCCAGAAAUGUUGGCAGAAAUCAUCAGCAAUCAGAUACCAAAAUAUUCAAAUGGAAAUAUCAAGAAGCUCUUAUUUCAUCAAAAGUGACUGCCUUAAUACAAAAGGGUUGCCUUAAGAAAACGUCAAAUGAUAGCUUUUUUUUUUGUAAAAAAAAAAAAAAAAAACAAACCUACCAGACUCGUUAAUUUUGUCCUUGCAGCGGUGUUUCUUUUGUAAUUAUGCACUACAUGUGGUUUACAGAGGGCCAAGAUUUAGGCUAUAGAAGCAGCGGAUUUCUCACAUUUGGUAAAUAACUGGGGAGAAAGGAAAGGAAAAUAAAUCUUACUUGUCAGAAAUUGUAUCUCUCCCCUCGUGCAACAUCCAUGGAUGCAUCAAAACCACCGGUGACAGGAUCUGAGGCUGUGUUACGAACAUUCUGCUAAUUAAUUUCUGCAGUUGGCUGGAGACAAUUUUCUAGGCUUCUUUUUUUUUUUUUUUUUUUUAAGUAAAGUGUUUUGGAUUUUUUUUUUUUUAAAAGUUAAGGUAGCAUUUUGGUUUAUGCAUGUAACCUGAAGAAAGUUUACAAGUGUAUAUCAGAAAAGGGAAGUUGUGCCUUUUAUAGCUAUUACUGUCUGGUUUUAGCAAUUUCCUUUAACUUUAUAUACCGUGAACUAGGCUUGUUCAUUUUUUCUUACAUAAUUUUUUUGUAAUACUUCAAGAUGCCUAUUGUACAGCUGGUUUUUUAAGGUGGGGCAGCUCGUAGCUUUCCUAAAUGACCUCUAGACAUUAAUCCUCGAGUAUAUUCAUGUGAAAAUGGGUUGGCCUUUUCUAACCUAAUAGCUUUCAAGUGUCGAAGUGACCAUAAAAAUUUGGCAUUUUUUUUAAGGGCCAGGGUGGGUGGGAAAACGCUCUCAAAUCUAAUUUAAAUAGAUGCGAAUGAAACAAAUACUUUUGGUACAUGUGCAAAAGUGUUGGAUAUGCAGAUUCAUAGAAAAUUAACCCAGUCCUAACUGGAUGUAAAUGAGCAGGUUAUUUUAUAUAUUGAAAAAAACAAGCCUGAUUUUUUGCAUAUAAUGCAACAGCCAUAACUGUAAGAGUCAUGGGCUGCAUUGAUGCCAAGAAGAUCAGUCCUGACUGCCCAUCAGGAAAUUUUCAGGAAAAUAUGCAUAGCUUAAGAAAAGUUUACUUCUGUGUGGAGAAACUCACAUUUUCUAUACACUUAAAUCUAUCAUCAUACAAGUAUAUAUGGGAAAAUACCAUUGACUUAAGAGGCAGACGUGUAAUUAUGCCCAGUGGUUUGGUUUUGUUCUGUUUUCUUGUAUCGAUUCUAGCACUCUCUUCUUCGGUGAGACAUUUGCCGUCGUGCAGGCAGGAAAGCGGAGCAGCUGCGCUGGCCGGCCACAGCUCUGGAUAUACAGGCUCCAACCUCGUGUGGUUAGAGACCCAUUUUCACAUCUCACCCGGUUCAUCCUCUUUCCUGGAGAGCAGGAAAGCCCCGCUACUGAUUUCGUGGUCUUAGAGUCGUAUGUCAAAACCUUCUGUCUUUGUAAGGCUGCAUCCCUUCAUAUCGGAUUACUAGCGUGCCAUAAAAUUACCAUAGGUCUUGUGAAUUUCUCCUCGUUGCCAUUGAUAACUAUAUUUUAAAACGUUUAGAAGCUGUAGUAGCCUUUUUCUACGUGCACCUUAACAAUUUUCUGUAUCUCGAAAUUUAAAUAUUUACUAAGCCACUCUAAAAUUUGAUUUUUACUCAAAGUGGCCAGAUUAUUUGUGUAAUAGAAAUGAGAAAGAUCAUCUGAUAAAAUACAAAACCUAAUAUAUUUUUAUAUUUAGUUAUAGUUUCAAAUGUGUAUAAUCGGUAUAUUCGCAGACCUGAGAAAAGAAGGGAAGGGCUACUGCAGCUUUAAAAGCAAUUUAUUAAAUGACUGUAAAAUAGCUUGUAUAGUGUAUAAUAAGGAUGAUUUUUAGAUGACAGAUUGCUUUAUCAUGAUACAUGUAAUUAUAUUUUUUGUAGGGGUCACAAAUAUGCUGAAUGGUAACCCGUACCAGUUGUGGCUUGUCUGGAGGUAGUACUGAAGGCAUCAGUGUUCAGUAUCCAAAGAAGUACUCUGUUUAGGAAGGAGAACCUGUGUUCAGUGGAUGUUCUUAGGGUUGAUUUUAUGUUUAUCAAAUCACUGUGUAAAAAUUCAAGUUGGAGCUUGGAUGGAAUACUCCUAUCUGUAUGGUUGGUUACCAUUCACGAUUCCUUGCUAAAUCAGACCUCCGCUGCAAAAAAUGUAAGUCGGACAGAUGCGUGUGUGCGCAUGCAUACGUACACCUCUGAACACGCGGGGUUAAUUUCAUAUACAGCCUCACAUACCACAGCAAAGACAGCUUGAAAAAUUUGGCAAUAAUACGCAUACAGGUACCAGCAAUAUGUAAAUAUAGAGCAUAGGUUGUUCACAGUACACUAGCACAUUUCUAUUGUUCAGCAAAAGUUUGUUUCCAAGUGAAAUAGGAAACUAAAUUUUCAUCCUUUCUUAAAUCUCUUUUUGAAUGUUAUACCUAUUAAAAAAAGAUACUAUAUUCAGUACUUUGGAGUAAAAUAUCAUCUUUAAUAAAAAAGAAAAGUAAUCAUUCUCUUCUCUUUGAUCUGUGAAGAAUACGUACAUUUUGUAACAGUUAAGGUCAAGUUCAGUAUUUUAAUUACAACUUUCAGCCCAACUCAAUGGAAAUGUUCACGCGCCCCGUUUGAGAUACAGAUAGGAGUUCCACACUGUUCGGAUAACUCUGCGUUCUUUAGAGAAUGGUUGUAAAAGCUGCAUCCCCAGAUACCUCGAUUGGAGCUUGUGUGAGUGAGUGGGCGUGGGCGUGCGUGCACGCACGUGUGCAAACGCUUGUGCAUUUGUAUACGCAAAGACGAAACUUUUUUUUUGCCAGCAGAAAAGUAACUACAGUGAACACGAACAAAUUAUCACUGCCUCGAGAGAAGUGCUAACAUAGGAGAAGAGAGGCUCUCUGCCCCCUUUUUGUCUACAUGCCUGUAUAUUAAUUUUUAGUUUAUGGGUUUAAGGAAAAAAAAAAAAGGAAACUGUGAUGUUAGAAGAAAGCAAUCGUCCUGUACGUGCUGUUAAGUUUUAAACUUCACAAUUAAAAAUACGUAGUGCUUUAGUAAGCAGUGAGGAGUCCAUGUUCUGUGUAUCCGUAGUCCUUGUAGCAGUGGGUAGUAUCUGCACUCUGGAUAAAGCAGGGAGAAUUCUGACUUCGUCUCUUCAGUGCCUUAUCACAAAGUGCAUGCAUCCGACCGAGGGACGGCCGCCGCCGGCAGCUCAGGACACGCGCGUGCUGCGUGGUGGAACUUGCACACGCCGAGCGCCGGGAACGGCCUUACGUCGGAGGAGCCAGGGAGCGGGGAUGGAGAGGGAGCUGCUGUCGGUCGCGCACAGCCGGGGCAUCGCCCCACGCCACGGCGGCCGGAACGGAGGUGUCGAGAGGGGCUUCGUGACCGGAGGGAGGGGGCUGGGAAGAGGUGCCGACGGAAGCCGAAAAACCACCUCGCCAUUUUCACAGCAAAAGGCAGAAAACGGGAGGAAGUGCCUGGACGAACAUCGGCUAAAUCUGUGUCCCGUAGUCGAACUUCAGCGAUUGAGGACUUCAGGGCCAUACCUUAGAGUGAGACUUUUAAAAGAUCGUAUCUGUUCUAUACCUUAGUCCAGUCUGCAGCCGGGCGUUGCUGAGCCAUCGGUGUCACAUAGGAACCAAAUUUUCAGGAAAGGAUUGGGGCCUCUCCAAACAGCCAGAGGCGCUCGUCUUCUGAUGAGAGGCUGUGUGUAUGAAAAUAUCCCCCACCUCCAAACUAACUUGCGUAACAGCAUAGAGUCGGCGAUGUGUCAUUAUUCUAUUUUGUAUAUUAAACAAAAGAUAUAUACUGGGGACAAAUCCUAUAUCAUACCGGUGUAUGGCAUUAUUAAAAAAAAAUCAUUAUUUUUAUCACAGUAAUUUUAAACAGCAUAAAAAAAAUUAAACCAGUGACUCCUGUUUAAAAAUAAAAGUUGUAGUUUUUUAUUCAUGCUGAAUAAUUCUGUAGUAACAAGUCUGUAGUUUUCACCUACUCAGUGAAAUGUUGGACUGUAAAAGCUUGUGUGGAAUUGUUGAACAUUUAUUUUUUCAUUUAAAUUUGCUGUUCUGGUAAUACAAAGCCACACAUCUGUACAGAAGUUGCAGUAAAUGUGAGCCAUUUACAGCAAUGCCGAAUAAUGGACAGAAACCAUAUAAUAAAAUUCUGCUUUUUUCA